GGCUCAGGGCCGCUGGGGCCUCCAUGGCCCCAUGCCGCGCCGCCCCGCCCCUCGCCCCGAGACGGCCCCCAUGGCGGAGGACAUCGACGCGCUCCUGGACGAGCGGCCGGUGGGCAUGGCCCCCUCCCGCAGCCUCGAGGACGUCCUGUCCGCACGCCGGCAGCCGGCCGAGAAUCUGGCCGCGCUGCGGGACGACAUCACCGCGGCCAUCCAGCAGACCGUGUCGGAGAUGCAGGCCAUCGGGUCGCAGCUCGAGAGGGCCUGCAGGGAGGAGAUCGAGCGCGGCGCCGACGAGACGCGUGGGGAGCUCCAGAAGCUGAGGCAAGAAUUCCAGCAGCUCCUCGGCAGCGGCGAGAACUCUCAGAUUAGGAGCUCCGCCAGGAUGGGCAGGCCCUCCGCGAUGGCCGGCAUGAUGGGCAACCUCUCGUCCGCCAUCUCUGGGAGGUGGUUCGCCGCAGGCGACACCAAGUUGGACCCGCAGAGGGGGACCCUCGAGCGGUCGGGCACUAUGACCGAGGAGGAGUUGAAAGAGAAAACGGCCCGCCAGGAACGCGUGGCGGCGCUCCCGCCGCGCAUGCAGGCGCGGGCCAACGCGCGUCCCGACAGCCGCCCCGCCGGCGGAGACGGCCCCCUGCAGUUGAACGUCCCUAGCGGCCCCGAGUCCUGCUCCGACGACGAGGACGAGGACGAGGACACCGAGAGCUCGGAGGGCGACGGAUCGCCGACGGCGCCGGCGCCGCCAGAGCGCACGGCCCUGGUGCUGCAGGACGACCGGCCGGCCUGUCCGCCUGUGGGCCGGCCGAAGACGCCCGGCGACGCGCCGCCCGUCUUCGAGGAGGAGGCGUUCCCGCCGCCCCGCGGCUCGCCCGGCGGCUCGCCGAGCAGCCGGCGCGAGGCCGCGGUCCGCGGGGCGCAGGCCGCCCGGGUGCAGCCGGCUGGCGGCGCCGCCGAGGCGAUGGAGCUCCCUGGCCUGGUCAGCCGGGCGUGGGGGUCUGCCGCCACUGGCCAGGGCGAGGCCUGGCCCCCGGAGGCACCGUGCGGCGAGGGGCCCCGGGCGGGGCGCGCGGGCCUGCGGGCCGCCGCGGGGAGCGAGCGCUCGGAGGAGCUGGGCCCGCGCGUGACCUUCUGCGGCGGCGACGACGGCGGCGACUGCAGCAGCAGCAGCACGUCCACCGUCAGCGCGGCCUGGUCGGAGGCGAACGGCGGCGGCCGCGGCUCGGGGCGCAGGGCUCCGGACCCGAGGCUCAGGCCCCAGGACUCCAGGCUCUCGCUGGCGCUCGAGCUCGGGAAGUCCAGGAAGAAGACCCGCAGGA